UUCGUUCCACGAUUUGAAAUAUUGAUUUGUUUGGAAUGAUAACAUUACUGCUCAUGCUCACUUCGAGCUUUCACUAUCACUGGAAAGCUCAGAACUGAACCAAAAAAUGUUCACCGCCAUGCCGCCAGCUUGUUGUUACUAAUAAGAUGUUUAUAACACGUUAAAACUUUAUCGUUGUUUUAUACUGAAAUGUAGUCUAUAUGAAUUGCCGUAAAGGCAGUUUCGUUGUCGUCCAAAUUGUUAAAAAAAAGGCCUCACCAUUGCGAACAUAAUUCCUAUUAUGAUGCUGGGGCGCAAGCAGAGCCUCAAAGGGGAACCCGUCUUGGCCGAUUACGGCCCAGAGGAGUCCCUCAAUGAGAGCGCUGACAUAGAGUGGGUGAAUAAGCUUUGGGUGAGAAGGUUGAUGAGAUCUUGUGCUCUAGUAUCUUUAGCUUCUGUUUGCUUGAAUACUCCCAAAACUUUUGAGAAAGUUCCACCUCUUCAGUAUGUUACCUUUGUUUGCGAUUUGGUCAUCACGUUUCUAUUUACUGCUGAAAUGAUCGCCAAGAUGCACAUAAGGGGUAUACUGAAGGUAAUUCGCACGAUAUUCGUAAAUUUACGUAACAAUCGACAUAAACUGACGAUUAUUCAGUUACAGAGGGACAAAUCUUACUUGAAAGAUCACUGGUGCCAAUUCGAUGGAAGUAUGGUCAUCUUCCUCUGGCUGUCCGUAAUUUUACAAAUGUUCGAGAUGCUAGGUUUCGUUUUAGAGUUUAGCUACGUUUCCAUAUUGCGGGCACCACGGCCCUUGAUUAUGAUACGCUUCUUACGAGUCUUCCUUAAGUUCUCCAUGCCGAAAGCUAGAAUCAAUCAAAUUUUCAAGCGUUCGAGUCAACAGAUAUACAACGUGACUCUUUUCUUCCUUUUUUUCAUGUCCCUUUACGGUCUUCUAGGCGUUCAAUUUUUCGGCGAAUUGAAAAACCAUUGUGUUCUCAAUACUACAAAUCCGAAGCAUAUUACUAUAAAUAGCUUAGCCAUUCCUGACACUUUCUGCUCCACUGAUCCCGAAUCAGGAUACCAAUGUCCAGAAGGAAUGACUUGCAUGAAACUUCAGUUGUCAAAGUACAUCAUGGGUUUCAAUGGAUUCGACGAAUUUGCUACGAGCAUUUUUACCGUUUAUCAAGCUGCGUCGCAGGAAGGAUGGGUUUUUAUUAUGUACCGUGCGAUAGAUAGUUUGCCAGCUUGGCGUGCGGUUCUCUACUUCAGUACAAUGAUAUUUUUCUUAGCGUGGCUCGUGAAGAACGUGUUCAUAGCUGUCAUUACAGAAACCUUCAAUGAAAUACGAGUACAAUUUCAACAGAUGUGGGGUGUCAGGGGGCACAUUAGUAACAACACAGCGUCGCAAAUAUUAACUGGCGAUGAUAACGGUUGGAAAUUGGUGACUUUAGACGAGAACAAACACGGAGGCUUGGCAUCUCCAAUAUGUCACGCAAUUCUACGAUCUCCUCAAUUUCGCAUGGUGGUGAUGUUCGUAAUUUUGGCAAAUGGCAUUACCACCGCGACCAUGAGCUUUAAACACGAUGAGAAGCCAAGGCACACGUACUACGAUAACUACUACUACGCCGAGAUCGCGUUCACUAUAUUCUUGGACCUUGAGACAUUGUUCAAGAUCUGGUGUCUCGGAUUUCGCAGUUAUUACAAGCACUCGAUUCACAAAUUUGAGCUGCUGCUGGCAAUUGGUACAACCAUACACAUCAUUCCGUUCUUCUAUCUUUCUGGAUUCACAUAUUUUCAGGUACUUAGAGUAGUUAGACUCAUCAAGGCGUCACCUAUGCUCGAGGAUUUUGUAUAUAAAAUAUUCGGUCCUGGGAAAAAGCUAGGCAGCCUCAUUAUAUUUACCAUGUGCCUGUUAGUCAUAUCGUCCAGUAUUUCGAUGCAGCUUUUUUGUUUCCUCCGCGACUUCACGAAAUUUGAAACAUUCCCAGAGGCAUUUAUGUCCAUGUUCCAAAUCUUAACGCAAGAAGCUUGGGUGGAUGUUAUGGAUGAAACAAUGUUAAGGACACAUGAAACGAUGGCUCCAUUUGUUGCCAUGUACUUCAUUUUAUAUCAUCUUUUUGUUACACUGAUUGUGUUAAGUUUAUUCGUCGCCGUAAUUUUGGAUAAUCUUGAACUGGAUGAGGACAUUAAGAAACUGAAACAAUUGAAAUUUCGUGAACAAAGUGCGGAGAUAAAGGAAACUCUGCCAUUCAGAUUACGAAUAUUUGAGAAAUUUCCUGAUAGUCCUCAAAUGACAUGCUUACAUAAGGUGCCAUCAGAUUUUAAUCUUCCAAAAGUCCGUGAAAGUUUCAUGAGACAGUUUGUAUUCGAAAUGGAAAAUGAAGAGAACGAAGGUGUCAAGAAAAUAAAUGAAACCUUUGACUCAAAAAUGAUAUAUAGAAAACAACGUCCAGUAAAAAUUUUAAAUAAUCCACCAAAAGUAAGAAACGUUGUUACAAGUCUAAAAAAAGCAGCUGUUAUCUACAUUAUAAAUGAUUCAAACAAUCAAAGAUUGUUACUAGGAGACUCGGCUAUGAUACCAGUGCCAGGAAAAGGCCUUUUGAAGCCACAGGGUACUGUCAGCAGUGCCAAGCAACUUCGCUUUGAUCAGAAAAAAUCAAUUAGAAGGAGCGUUCGUAGCGGAUCGAUCAAGUUGAAACAAACGUACGAACAUCUGAUGGAAAAUGGUGACAUUGGAGGUAUAAACAGAGUUAGCUCUUCCCGGAGUAGACCGCACGAUUUGGACAUUAAAUUAUUGCAGGCUAAGCGACAACAGGCCGAGAUGCGAAGAAAUCAGCGUGAGGAAGAUUUGCGCGAGAAUCACCCAUUUUUUGAUACACCACUGUUCGCAGUACCGCGCGAGAGUAAAUUUCGCAAAAUUUGCCAAUCGCUUGUUUACGCGAGAUACGAUACAAACGUAAAAGAUCCAUUGACUGGAAAAGAGAGAAAGGUUCAAUAUAAAAGCCUACACAAUUUUCUUGGCUUGGUCACGUACCUUGAUUGGGUAAUGAUCUUUGCUACCACUAUGUCUUGCAUCUCCAUGAUGUUCGAAACACCACGAUACCGCGUAAUGGAAGUUCCGGCAUUGCAAAUUGCGGAGUACGGUUUCGUGAUUUUUAUGAGUAUCGAGUUAGCUCUAAAAAUUCUGGCAGACGGACUAUUUUUUACGCCGAAGGCCUAUAUCAAAGACGUCGCCUCUGUGUUGGAUGUUUUUAUUUAUGUUGUCAGCCUCGUGUUUCUCUGCUGGAUGCCGAAGAGCGUGCCGCCGAAUUCCGGUGCGCAACUUCUUAUGAUCUUACGUUGCGUUAGACCGCUAAGAAUCUUCACUCUUGUGCCGCACAUGAGAAAAGUUGUUUAUGAAUUAUGUAGAGGGUUCAAAGAGAUCUUAUUGGUGUCCACUCUAUUGAUUUUACUGAUGUUUAUAUUCGCGAGUUAUGGUGUACAGCUUUAUGGGGGUAGAUUAGCUCGUUGCAACGAUCCGACCAUUCUAAAGCGAGAAGAUUGCGUUGGAGUGUUCAUGAGGAGGGUUUUCGUGACGAAAAUGAAAUUGAAGCCAGGCCAAAACGAAAGCUAUCCAUCAAUACUGGUACCACGCGUAUGGGCUAAUCCUAGAAGAUUUAAUUUUGACAAUAUCGGUGACGCACUGAUGGCACUUUUCGAAGUACUGUCUUUUAAAGGGUGGCUCGACGUUAGAGACGUUCUUAUCAAAGCUCUUGGUCCCGUCCAUGCUGUUUAUAUUCACAUUUAUAUUUUCUUGGGCUGUAUGAUUGGUUUAACGCUGUUCGUCGGUGUCGUUAUUGCUAAUUACUCUGAAAACAAAGGGACUGCAUUACUCACGGUCGAUCAAAGACGAUGGUGUGAUUUGAAAAAACGACUGAAAAUCGCACAACCGUUACAUUUACCACCUAGGCCAGAUGGAAAGAAAUUCAGAGCGUUUAUCUAUGACAUCACUCAAAAUAUCUAUUUCAAAAGAUUCAUUGCAGUCAUGGUGCUCAUAAACAGUGCUCUUCUGUGUGUCUCUUGGAGAAUCGAGGAAGAACACACGGAAGCACUCGCUACGGUGUCCACGAUUCUGACACUCAUCUUCCUCGUGGAAGUAAUUAUGAAAAAUAUUGCUUUUACACCACGUGGCUAUUGGCAGUCCAGAAGAAACAGAUAUGAUUUGCUCGUGACAGUCGUCGGUGUUAUUUGGAUCGUCAUUCAUUGUACAAUGAAGAACGAUUUGUCAUACGUAAUCGGCUUUAUGGUCGUGAUUCUUAGAUUCUUCACAAUUACUGGCAAACAUACAACUCUCAAAAUGUUGAUGUUAACGGUCGGAGUGUCCGUUUGCAAAAGUUUCUUCAUUAUAUUUGGCAUGUUUCUCCUUGUUUUCUUUUACGCGUUAGCCGGCACGAUCAUCUUUGGAACUGUAAAGUACGGUGAAGGUAUAGGAAGGCGUGCCAAUUUUGAGUCACCUGUAACUGGCGUUGCGAUGCUCUUCCGUAUUGUCACUGGGGAGGAUUGGAAUAAGAUAAUGCACGAUUGCAUGAUACAACCACCGUAUUGCACACCAGCUGCUAAUUAUUGGGAAACCGAUUGCGGCAACUUUCAUGCUUCCUUAAUAUAUUUUUGUACCUUCUACGUCAUUAUCACUUACAUUGUUUUAAAUCUUUUAGUGGCUAUUAUUAUGGAGAACUUUUCUCUAUUCUAUUCGAACGAAGAAGAUGCUUUGUUAUCUUAUGCUGAUAUUAGAAAUUUUCAGAACACAUGGAACGUUGUUGAUAAUCAUCAAAAAGGUUUUAUACCUGUGAAACGGGUGAAGUUUAUUUUACGAUUAUUGAAAGGUAGAUUGGAAACCGAUCCACAGAAGGAUCGACUUCUCUUCAAGCAUAUGUGUUAUGAACUGGAAAAGUUGAACAAUGGCGAAGAUGUUACCUUUCAUGAUGUUAUCAAUAUGUUAUCCUACCGUUCGGUUGACAUCCGAAAAGCUCUUCAACUUGAAGAGUUAUUGGCAAGAGAAGAGUUCGAAUAUAUUAUCGAAGAAGAAGUUGCCAAGCAAACGAUCAGAAAUUGGCUAGAGGGUUGCCUGAAAAAAAUACGCGCAAGCGGAAAACAGCAAAAUAGUCUCGUCGCCGGUCUUCGGGCUAACACUGAACAAGCACAACAACAGGAGCACGUAGAAGAGAAAGGAAAAGAGGCCGUCAAAGAAGAAGAAACUGAAACAAAGCAGGAUACUGAUGCUGCCAGGCACAAAGCAAAGAAACCAGUAGUGCUUCCAAGAUCUGAUAGUAUAGGUAGUGGAUCAGGAAGAAAGUAUUUAACUCCAACACUAUCGGAUCCUGCUUCAAUCAGGACUGAAAAAGAUAAGAAUGCAGCACCUAAGAAGAAAAAUAACAGGCCACCACCGGUGCCGAAAAAUAAUUUGCCACAUCUCACAGAGAGCACUGAGCAAAGCAGACAGCAACGGGAAGUAGUCAAUACAAAAGCAACUGUACCAAAAACUUCUAAUGUUAUGCUAGAGGUUCGAGAAUGGUGGAAGGAACAGUUGGCAUACAGCAGUGAGUCCAGUGAAGACGAAGUUUAAGCAAACUUGCAUCUUCCACAAAUAUAAAUUAAAAGUGGUACAGUGUAAAAAUGGAGCGCAUGCAUAAAUACGAUUUGUAUUUUACUGUUCAUUGCGUGUGCCUCAUUUUUGCUUGUCUACAAAGAGAUUAAAAAUUAGAAGAAAUAUAAGCAUGUGCCUGAAACACCGUUAAAGGUAAGGCAUAAGAAAAAGCACUUUGGAGCACAUAGAAGAAAAGGUACAAUUCCUGUAAUUAUAUAUGAAAAAAAAAAAAUUUUUUUUCAAACUAGAAUUCUUUCUUUUGCAUAUUUUUUUAAUCUUAUUUUCUACGUCGUUGUUUACAAACUAAAAAGUGUAUAUGUAGAAAAAUAAUUUAUAUCCAUUUCUAAUCGUUAUUUUUAGAUAGAAAAUUUUGCAAUGCUGUAUCGAAAUAACGAAAGAAACGUUAUUUUAUACUGCACGAGGGAAUUGUAUUAUACAAUUUUUAUUCUUAGAUUUUAUCGUGUUAUUUGGCAUUGUUCUUUUUUUCUAAACAAAAGUUCACUUUUUCCCUCAUGCCUUAGUUUGCUACUGCAAAUACUCAGGUUCUAUAUAGAUUAAUGUUUUGUAGAUUGUAUCAGCGUAUUUUUAGAUACAUUAAAAGAUAAUUUGUUGAUUGUGUUAUAUAUAUUUUGUGCCAGUUAUUGAUGUUGAAAUGUGAAAUUUGUACAGAAUUAUAGAAUUAGAUAUAGUAGGUUUUAUACAG